AUGACAACUGAACUGAGCUUCAAAUCCUCUCCUCAGUCUCCUUCCGAAGCCCUCUCCACUACACCUCAGGAGGAUGCGAAAAUAGUGGUCGCAGCAGUGUCCAGUCUGACCAAAGAAGCUAAGCAACAGUACCUAAUAAAUGAGAUUAAAAAGCUGGUUGAAGAUUGUGAGGAUUUCAUCGGCCUGGUUCCCGGUCCGCAUGGUGUUCCUGAAGUUGUCGUUUCCCCGAAUCUCAAGAAGGAUAGGUGGGCGAUCAUCGGAGAAUCUCAUGGGACCUUCGCUCAAUACCUGUCUAUGCGCAGCCCCAGCGCUCCUGGCCAUUGUUGCGGCGCCAACCAUCAGAGUGCGAAAACCUCAAAGCAAGAGCCCGCAAUAGACCCAGGAACGCCAGGUGGCGCAAUUACUUGGUCCGCGCAACGUCCUUUGAAGCGACACAGAUCCAAAACCAACCUCUGCUCUCGGAAUUCAUCAAGAUCCAGGUCUCAGCAGGGUGGUGGUGGUGGAACUAGGCUCUGGGAGACUCCCGCAUCUCAAAUCCGGGUGGACGACCAUGCAAAGCUAGCCCAGUGGUAUAAGGAGGCCUUUUUGAUACUGCAGCAGGUGGCCUGUCGCCUGGUGGCCAAAGUCUGGAUCAAAAGAAUUCAUCCUAAAAAGCAAUCGACGCAUCCUUACAAUGGCCAAAUGCCCCGUGGUGAACCUCCCGAUCCGGAUCGGACUAGGCCACCUUAUUGGCCUGCUGACGUCAUUCAUCGAGAACCCGAUCAUAUUGGCCGCGACGACAGGACCCGGCUCCUCGUCCAUUUGAUCACGAACACCCCCCAGCCAGUCAUUACGAACCCUCUGUCGGAUGGAGCGAACCGGCAAUUUGUGAGGGCCCGAGACCUAUUAGAAUCUCUUCAGACUAAGAGAAGUGAGUUGCGGGAGGACCGUUGGGAUAUUAUCCAACAGAUUGUAAAUGCAAGAGAGAAGCAAGAGCAGUACGAGGCCAAUGAAAUAGAUGGUGAUACGCUGAUCUUUGUUUGUGAUUACGGUGAUAUCACAAGUUCAAAACUGUCGGCGAUCGACUCUGAUGAUGAAGGGCUUCGACGGGCCAGCUCUGCACUUGAGGCAUCUAGCGACGGCUCUGGAGAAGCAGGUGAAGACCAUGAACCAACGUCAGGCUCGUCCACACAAACAUCUCCCACCGAUCAGCUUGUCCCGGAGGGACGCAUCAUAAUCAACAAACCCCGGAGCUCCGGCGCCAAGGAAACCAGUAGCCGUCGUUAUGCGCCCCGUCGACCUCGACAGAGCUUCAAUACGGGUCGAAUGGUAUCGGUGAUUGCGCCACGGACAGGACAGGACUUUUCGCCUGGGGUGAAAAUGGGCAUGGAGAAUGGGACGACGCAUCCCGAUGCCGUCAUGGUACCACUAGUUGGAAUCCACCAGGUACCAGCCAAUGUGUUCGGUCGCAAUCUCGACAAUCAUGCUGGGAGCAACGCCAUGAUGCAUGCCGCUGUGCAGAGCGGUCAUCUCACUGCAAACCUGCACACUUCAGCCUGGUCAGGAAUGUUGCCAGACAUGGGGCCUGAUCCACCUCCUGAGAUGUUUGGUAUUCCCUCCAAUAUGGCGCCGCAACCGGCCGGCUUGAGACAUGCGUAUUUCGGUCAGGAGACGCUCGAAAUGGCCAAUGGUAUCCAAAGCGGACUGCCUCCGACCGUGGUAAGCCCCAUGCUUUACCAGGACUUUGGGGACAGCAUCCGACGUUCUCUCCCGCUGCGAGUCGCGGACGCACAACAAAGCGUAAUGAUGCCAACAGCAGAUAUCAGCAUGGAGAUGAUGGCUGAUCGUUGCUACAAGCUCGAUCAUUGGUGA